AUGAAACUAAAAUUUGAUGGAAAACCUAGAAAGUUGGUUGUCGUAUAUACUGCGUAUCUUGUGUGUAUAUAUAGCUAUAUGUAUAAUAUGUAUUCAGCCUCCCUUACCAUGCCCGUGCGCUUUGUGUCGAAUAAGCCAUCUUUAAUUUGUCCAAGAUUUGUCUGAAAUUUUCCGUUAUAUGAACAGUUACUUUAUACGAAAAAUGUCGCGUUGUUGUAAGAAUAAUGCGAUUUGUUUUCGUAGAAAAGAAGCGUUAUUUUGAAUAUUUAAUUGUCUUUUACAAAUCGUCUAGGCAACGUCAACUCGGUUUCAAUUUAUUAUUUAUAGCUGCACGCCUUAAAAACAAAAUAGUUAUACCACAACUUACAAGCAAUUUGAAACUACGAAAUAUAUUUUUGAAAUUGUAGCGUAUAAAUGGCUAGUAACUAAUUUUGAGGCCUUUUAUACGCUACAAUUUCAAAAAUAUCAAUAAAUUUGUUGCUCAGUGACGAGAUAAACAUGAAUAUAACAGUUACAUUUACAAAUGAUAAACAACGAACAAGAAAACAACGGGCAAAGACCACUACCCAGAGCCAUCGUUGAGUGGCUCUGGGUACGAGAUUGUUAGUAACAUUGACAUUGACAUUGACCCUUAGUAACGUAUAUGUUUUAACGGAAAAAAUAAUUAUCGGAAAUUAAAGCGCUGAAACGCUAUAUCGAAAUCCGCAGUAUUUUGAAUAAUUGUCUUUUACAAAUCGUCUGGGCAACAUCAACUCGGUUUCAAUUUAUUAUUUAUAGCUGCACGCCUUAAAAACAAAAUAGUUAUACCACAACUUACAAGCAAUUUGAAACUACGAAAUAUACAUUGGUAUAUAGGCCUAUAUCCAUGCAUACUUCAGAGAUGUCUUUUAAUUAAAAAUGAUUAUAUAUUUACUGAAUCUUAAUUAAAAGAAAACUUAUUUUAAAAUUCCGAUUUGACGAAUCGUCAGUCAUAGUGUCCAGACAAACUAGUUAAACUACAGGCUGCCGCAUUUACUGUUCGGAGCAUUCCGGAAAGUUCGGAACACUAGUACAAUUGAACCGAAAACGGUCACGUGACUGUUCUGGCUGCCCCUACUCAAAAUAGGGGCAACCAGAACAGUCACGUGACCGUUUUCGGUUCGAUUCUGUUGGUGUUCUAUCCGGUGUACUCGCCGAACAGUAAAUAGAGCAGCCUGUUUGUCUCCUUCCCAGGCAAAUCGGUGGCCAAAAGCAGCAUUACGUAGUACUUGUAGACAAAUGAUGGGGUAUCAGGGGGGCUAUGAGGGAUAAUUGUGCAGUGAGGUGCAGUUUGAUUAUGAAUUAAAAUCAAAACCUGAAUCAGAACCAGGUUUUAAUCCAGGUUAUGGUUUUGAUUCAGAUUUUGAUUCAGAUUUUGAUUAUGGUUUUGAUUCAAGUUUUGAUUCAGAUUUUGAUUAUGGUUUUGAUUCAGAUUUUGAUUCAGAUUUUGAUUAUGGUUUUGAUUCAAGUUUUGAUUCAGAUUUUGAUUAUGAUUUUGAUUCAGAUUUUGAUUCAGAUUUUGAUUAUGGUUUUGAUUCAAGUUUUGAUUCAGAUUUUGAUUAUGGUUUUGAUUCAGAUUUUGAUUCAGAUUUUGAUUAUGGUUUUGAUUCAGAUUUUGAUUCAGAUUUUGAUUAUGGUUUUGAUUCAAGUUUUUGA